ACCAAAGUAGAACAUAUAUCCAGCAUUUCUCGAUCCCCUCAUCUUUCCUCUCCCUGAAUUUUGCUUGGUAAUGGCGAAGUUGUCAGAAUUAAGAAUCUGUUUUUACAUUCUGAAUCAGUUGUUUCUCAUUCUAAUAGUUACUGCUUCGGCAGCUACAAAUGUCGGCAAGCUCAAUAUAUGGCCGAUGCCGUUAUCUGUAACCAAUGGUAAUGGGGUUCUUUAUAUGAGCAAAGAUUUUGAGCUGAGAACUGAAGGAAGCAAAUACAAAGACGUUUCUGGUAUUCUCAAGAAUGGGUUCUCCAGAUUACUUGAUGUUAUUAAAACUGAUCAUGAAAUUGAUGUAUCUGGUCAUGGGUUUCCUUAUUUACCUAAAAUUCAGGGGAUUCAUGUGAUUAUUGUGUCUCCUAGUGAUGAGUUACAUUAUGCAGUUGAUGAAUCAUACAAGUUAACAGUUCCUGCAGAAGGGAAUCCAGUUUAUGCUCGUAUUGAGGCGAACUCAGUUUAUGGGGCUCUACAUGGUUUUCAGACAUUCAGCCAAGUUUGUUACUUUAACUUCGCAAGUAGAGGGUUGGAAGUGCGUCAGGUCCCAUGGGAUAUUACUGACAAACCAAGGUUCUCUUACAGAGGGCUCUUAAUAGAUACAUCUCGACAUUACCAGCCACUCCCUAUGAUAAAGAAAGUUAUUGAUUCUAUGGCUUAUGCAAAGCUGAAUGUGCUACAUUGGCAUAUUGUAGAUGCACAAUCUUUUCCACUCGAGAUACCAUCUUAUCCAAAUUUAUGGAAAGGGGCUUAUUCGGAUUCAGAAAGAUACACAAUAAUGGACGCCACUGAUAUUGUAAGUUAUGCUCAAACACGAGGGAUUAAUGUUCUAGCCGAAAUUGAUGUUCCAGGCCAUGCUCUCUCAUGGGGAAAUGGUUACCCUCAGUUAUGGCCAUCCAAGGAUUGCCAGCAGCCACUUGAUGUUAGCAAUGACUUCACAUUCAAAGUAAUUGAUGGGAUUCUUUCAGAUUUCAGCAAGGUCUUCAAGUUUAAAUUCAUUCACUUGGGAGGUGAUGAAGUAAAUACAAGUUGCUGGACACAAACUCCACAUGUAAGGAACUGGCUGAAGAAUCACAGAAUGACUGAAUCUAAAGCUUAUGAAUACUUUGUUCUGAGGGCUCAAAAUAUAGCUUUAUCUCAUGGUUAUGAGAUUAUCAACUGGGAAGAGACAUUCAACAAUUUCGGCAGCAAGUUGAGCCGAAAAACUGUUGUUCACAACUGGCUUGGAAUUGGUGUAGCACCAAAAGUUGUUGCAUCUGGAUUGAGGUGUAUUGUGAGUAAUCAAGACAAAUGGUAUUUAGACCAUUUGGAUGCUACUUGGGAAGGCUUCUAUAUGAAUGAACCAUUAACAAACAUCACCAAUCCAAACCAUCAGCAGCUAGUUCUUGGAGGUGAAGUUUGCAUGUGGGGUGAAAACAUAGAUGGAUCAGAUAUAGAACAGACUAUAUGGCCACGAGCAGCUGCUGCAGCAGAGAGGCUUUGGACACCAUAUAAUAAGCUAGCAAAAGAUCCAAGGGAGGUUGUGGAAAGAUUGUCGCAUUUCAGAUGUUUGUUGAACCAAAGAGGAGUAGCUGCUGCUCCACUCAAUGGACCAGGUAGAGUUGCUCCUUAUCAGCCAGGCUCUUGCUUUAGGCAAUAAAUUGCAGUCUUUUAUUUGAUUAUUUAUGUUAAUAAAUAAACAUCCUAUUUGUUAUUUUCAUUAUUGUUUCUCGUUUCUCAUUUAAUGAAAACUAAGAAGAGAUAUAUUGAGCUUUUGAUUUCUU